AUGGGUGACAAAGUUGCAGUCAUCUUUGGUUAUGGACCCCGUGUUGGAGUAGACGUUGCGCGAGCAUUGGCAACGCAAGGCUACAAAAUUGCCGUGGUUUCACGCUCAAACAAGCAUGCGAGCAGCACAGAUGGAUAUCUCCAGAUUCACGCGGAUCUCUCAGACCCGUCUACUGUUGAAGUCGUGUUUUCUACAGUCGUCAAAGAACUUGGUCAUCCAAGUGUGGUGGUCUAUAAUGCUUCUGCUAUUGGCAUGAAUCCGUCCUCCUCUCUUGAUCAGCAAAUUUCCGAUUUUCAAUCGGUCAACAAUAUCAAUAUUGUUUCUGCCUAUAUCGCGGCGCACUUGGCCAUAAAGUCUUUCGCUCUGUUACCCCAGAGUUCGUCCAGAACGUUCAUUUAUACUGGUAACAAGCUUCCUUUCAUGGUUGUACGGCCGCUAUUAGCGCAAGGAGUUGGCAAAGCUGGCGCUGCUCAUUUGAUUCACUAUCUAGCGGAGGAAUAUAAAGACCAUGGUUACAAGUUUUACUUCGCGGAUGAGCGCAAACCAGAUGGGGACCCGGUCUAUUCUGCUAUUGAUGGCCCUGCCCAUGCUGAGUUCUAUACUCAACUGAUCGCGGCCAAUACACAGGGGCCUUGGAAUGCUACUUUUGUCAAGGGACAAGGCUAUGUCGGCUUUUCUGAGGCGGUGGUUCAGGAUGCUGUUGUUAUGGAUAUGGAAUUACCAAAGAGUGAGUGA